AUGUCAUUAAAAAGAUCAGAUGAUUAUCAAGAUUUAGAAGAAGGUAUUGCAAUGGAAGAUGGUGGUAAUAUUAAAGAUGAAGAAGAGAAACCAUUAGACCCAAUCGAAGAACAAAAUAAAAAACGUUGGGUAUUAAUUCGUGCAGUAUUGGGUGAAUUAUUAUGUACAUUUUUAUUUGUAUAUGUAUUAUGUGCAACUAGUGCAAAUUUCAUUCGUUUAGGAUCACCACCAAAUCCAGUAGUUGGUGGUUUAUCAACAGGUUUUGCAGCAGUGGCUUUGAUUUAUUCAUUUGCAGAUGUUAGUGGUGCACAUUUCAAUCCAGCAGUGACCUUUGCAACAUGUGUCACCAGAAAGACAUCAAUAACCAAAGGUUUGAUGUAUGUCGGUGCCCAAUUGGUAGGUUCAGUAUUGGCUUCGUUGAUUUUGUUGGCAACAUUCCCAGGUAACUUCCCUGGCGAUAAGAAUGCAGCUAGUGCCGUUGCAAUCGCCCCAUCAACUGAUGCAAACAUCGGUAAUGCUUUCUUGACAGAGUUGGUUUUAACUUUUAUUUUAGUAUACGUCAUUUUCGCUGUCGCUUUCGAUACCGUUGAUAAUAGUGUAAAAACAAAGGUCGUAGGUAAAUCCUCAUCAAAUAAUCUCACAAUCUAUACUACCUCUGGUCAAACUAAAGCUGGUUUCGCACCAAUUGCAAUCGGUUUCACUUUAGGUUUCCUUUGUUUCUUGGGUGGUUCAGUCUCUGGUGGUGCUUUCAAUCCUGCUAGAGUUUUCGGUACUGCUUUAGUUGGUAAUAAUUGGACUCGUCAUUGGAUGUAUUGGAUAGCUGACUUUUUAGGUGCUGGUUUAGCUGGUUUUGCUCAAAAAUUCUUUUCAUCUACUCAUAAAUAA